AUGGGCAUUCAAACCGUGGCCGUGCAUUCGGACGUUGACAGCAAUUCACUUCAUGUCAAGUUGGCUGAUCAAGCUGUUUGUGUCGGCACAGCUCCCACGGCGGACUCCUACCUUCGUGCGGAUCGGAUUCUCGACGCUGAAGCUCGCGAAGGCUACCGACUGUCGAAGCAAGAGGCUGCCUCAUCAUUCGCGGAUGAUCGCAUGUUGGUCGAAAAGUUUAUCGACAAUCCGAGACAUAUCGAAGUGCAGGUGCUAGCUGACAAGCACGGAAAUGCCCUUUACCUCAACGAGAGAGAAUGCUCGAUCCAGCGUCGCAAUCAGAAGGUCGAGCAUCCCAUCACAGAGUGCAUAACUGGAAUCGAUAUUGUGCAACAGAUGAUCCGAGUUGCGCAUGGGCACAAACUGAACAUCAGCCAGGAUCAGGUGCCUCUAAACGGAUGGGCAUUCGAGAGUCGUGUCUACGCUGAAGAUCCUUACAAGGCUUUGGCCUCCCCUCUGUCGGCCGGCUUCAUCGUUACGUCGAGCCCCAUGGAAAUGGGAUCCGUUGUGAUUCUGGCUCUUGACACGAUGCGUGAUGCUCUUGAUCACUAUGUCAUCCGUGGCGUCACUAACAAUAUUCCCCUGCUCCGGGAUAUUGUCGAGGAGAAACGCUUCCGUUCGGGCAACAUCACUACAAAAUAUCUUCCGGAAACGUAUCCUGAAGGGUUCAAGGGCGCUCAGUUGAACGAAAAAGAGCAGGACACGGUUAUUGGAUUCGCUGUGGCCCUCCACGCGCGAAAGAUUGCUCGGGCAAAGAUCUUUACUAACCAGACCAGGCAACGCUCCACGCACAUCGAUCCCUAUACCGUCAGCUACCGCUUUAUCGUUGAGCUGCCAACAGAAGAAGGAGAAGCCAAGCAGCGUCAUGAAGUCGUCGCCCAGUUUGGAGCCAAUGAAAAUGAGCUAAAGGUGACCGUAGACGGCCGCACGGUGGAUGUGAGUGGAAAUAUGAAUCUGGCUCAGUCGACGCUUACUCUCGAAGUCAACAAGAAACCCGUUACCACCCAAAUUGUUGCAAAACGUGCCGGUGAAAUCACGGUUCUCUACAAGGGAACUCCCUUCAAGAUCAAAGUGCUGCCUGAACAAGCGAACGUCAACGUCAAAGUCGGUGAUAUGGUGAGCGAAGGCCAGGAGUUGGUUGUGAUGGAGGCAAUGAAAAUGCAGAACUCGUUGCACGCCGGAAAACCGGAAAGGUCAAGGCAGUCAACG